AUGGAAUCUUUUGAAAAAUGGACCAAAAACUUGUUGAGGUCUCCUAUCCAACCCUUAGGCGAUACACCGCCACACAUCGAGACCCUUGAUGACCUAUGGGUUAAUGGAGAAGUGGAUUGGUCAAAAUACGAAAAAAGUGUAAACCUAAAAGCAUCAAAACUGUUCAUCGGUCCUACAAAGACAGACACAAAUUGGUAUAAUGAUAUAAAAAUUAAUAAAUACUUCAGGCUCAUCAAAAACACUUAUAAAAAUAUUUCCAUACUCGAUACAUUUUUCUACCAAGCAAUUGCUACUGGAGCAGAUGAACGGAUUAGAAGAUGGACAAAAAACAUAAAUAUUUUUAGAGCUGGUAAAGUACUAAUACCAAUACACAGUAUAAACCACUGGAAACUAAUCGUAAUAGAGCCUGCGACUACGUCAAUUACGCUUUAUGACAGCUUCAAUGAACCAGACGAUAUCUGCCUGUCUUCAUUGCACCAGUACACCCAACAAGAAUACACAAAAUCAAUGGGCAGCACCUUACCAUUCACAUGGACGGUUAGACUUGUCUGUAGUCCAUCACAAUUGAAUGGGUAUGAUUGUGGUGUUUUCACCUGUGAAACCGCAAAGAGAAUCGCAAGCGGCCUUCCACUAAAUUACACGCAGCAAGACAUUCCAGCAAUCAGAAAGCGUAUUGAUUGGGAAAUCAACAAGAAUAUACUGAAACGAGAGAAAACCACCAAAUGUAGAAGAGCCAGAAAAUCAAAGGAACAAGAAUUAUGUGAAUCUAGAGGUCUUAAAAAUGGAAAACUAACAAAGCUCAUUCUAGUACAAAAACUCAUAAAUAAUUGUUAA